GUUUGGACAUGAAGACUUAUUUAUCCACCGUCUGGAUUAUCUACACACCUAAAAAAAUGAUAGCAAUCGCAGCCAUAAUAAGAGAGAACGCGUUAGUAAAAGUCAACACGAAGUCAACUCCUUUGUGGCUUUUAGCCCAUCCCACUUGGCGCUAUUUAAGUAAAAUCCCAGUAUUACCAACUUCAAAAAAGUCUCUCUUUCACAUUGAUCCUGUGUUUUAUAAAACCGAAUUUUGAUUCAGAGAUCAGCUCAAAAAUGAAGUUUGAUGAAUCGAAAACGCUCUUACCGGUGAGAAAACCUGUAAAUGGCAACCGCAAAACCGCUGGUUACAAGCUUUGGGUUCUAAUCGCUGUUCUACUCUUGGCCUUUGGUUCUAUGUUAACCGGUUCCGUCUCUCUCAAAGGAAUCGGUUUGUUCCAUUCUGCUGACGGCGUUAACGCAUUCUCUUUCGGCGAUGAUCUCGACGUUCUGGAAAUUGAAGAGAGAGAGAAAGUGGUGAGACAGAUGUGGGAUGUGUACGGACGCUCCGGUGGCGUUAAGGUUCCUCGGUUCUGGCGAGAAGCUUUCGAAGCGGCGUAUGAGUUUCUCAUCAGUGAUUCCGCCGCCGUUCGAAAUGCUGCCGUUUCCGAUAUCGCAAAGUUGUCUCUUGUUCGUUUUGUUAAGUCAGAGUCUACUUCGGCCCAGCCCAAUCUUCAUUGACUUGUGAAGCCCAUGAGGAUCACAUAAGAUUUUAAUUGUAUAUAGGAUUAAAUAUUAAAUACCGAAUAUGUAGCCUUAAUAAUGUAUUGAGAAAAUAAAGAAAUGAAAAAGCAUGAAUUGCUUCGUUCAACAUAAUUGACAACCAAAUUGUGUUCUCUGUCUAUUUGAAAUUAUUUAAUUUCUGAGUUUAAUCCCA